UUUUACAUUACAUUACAUUACGAAAAAACAGUUAAAGAGAGAAAAAAAAGGGAAGGUAGUGAAGAUGGUGUUGAUAGAAAAGCUGUGGGAUGAUGUUAUGGCUGGACCUCAACCUGAUAAAGGCCUUGGCAAGCUUCCAAAGUCCAUUACUUUACUCCAAACUCGUGCUGGGGAAGGAGGGGAAGGAUCAAGCAGGAACUACCACAGGUCACUGUCGAUGCCGGGGAGCCCGGUGACACCGGGAACUCCGGUGACGCCAACGUCAACACACUCGCCAACGGCGCGUAAAGAGAAUGUGUGGAGGAGUGUGUUCCACCCAGGGAGCAACAUUGCCACCAAGAGAAUUGGUGCUGAAGUCUUUGACAAGCCUUCUCAUCCCAAUGCUCCUACUGUUUAUGACUGGCUCUACAGUGGGGAUACCAGAUCCAAGCAUCAGUGAGAAGUGAAAAAGAAACUUUGAGUGACAAGCAGUUGGUUGUUGCAUGUAAAUAGCGUAAUUUCAUUUCCUUUUACGAGUUGCUAUGCUACAGGAACAUGGAGAUUAGUUGAACUAUAAUCCUAUGUACUCUGCUAAUUAAGUAUUAGCUAGUACUAAUAUAUGUGUAAUUAGGUCUUGAAAGCUAACUUGAGCAUAUUCAGUAGCUUUCCAGCUACUACUAGACUAGUAGUAUAUGCUGUUUUUGCUAUGUAUUUUCGAAUAAUAAUGAUAAUAAGUUUGAUGUGUUUUUGUUGUA